AUGCAGCUGGAGCACUGCCUCUCUCCUUCUAUCAUGCUCUCCAAGAAAUUUCUCAAUGUGAGCAGCAGCUACCCACAUUCAGGCGGAUCUGAGCUUGUCUUGCACGAUCAUCCCAUUAUCUCGACGACUGACAACCUGGAGAGAAGUUCACCUUUGAAAAAAAUUACCAGGGGGAUGACGAAUCAGUCAGAUACAGACAAUUUUCCUGACUCCAAGGACUCACCAGGGGACGUCCAGAGAAGUAAACUCUCUCCUGUCUUGGAGGGGGUCUCUGAGCUUCGUCACAGUUUCGAUGGCUCUGCUGCAGAUCGCUACCUCCUCUCUCAGUCUAGCCAGCCACAGUCUGCGGCCACUGCUCCCAGUGCCAUGUUCCCGUACCCCGGCCAGCACGGACCCGCGCACCCCGCCUUCUCCAUUGGCAGCCCCAGCCGCUACAUGGCCCACCACCCAGUCAUCACCAACGGAGCCUACAACAGCCUCCUGUCCAACUCCUCACCGCAGGGCUACCCCGCGGCCGGCUACCCCUACCCACAGCAGUACGGCCACUCCUACCAAGGAGCCCCGUUCUACCAGUUCUCCUCCACGCAGCCCGGGCUCGUGCCCGGCAAAGCGCAGGUGUACCUGUGCAACAGGCCCCUUUGGCUGAAAUUUCACCGGCACCAAACGGAGAUGAUCAUCACCAAACAGGGAAGGCGCAUGUUUCCUUUUUUAAGUUUUAACAUUUCUGGUCUCGAUCCCACGGCUCAUUACAAUAUUUUUGUGGAUGUGAUUUUGGCGGAUCCCAAUCACUGGAGGUUUCAAGGAGGCAAAUGGGUUCCUUGCGGCAAAGCGGACACCAAUGUGCAAGGAAAUCGGGUCUAUAUGCAUCCGGAUUCCCCCAACACGGGGGCUCACUGGAUGCGCCAGGAAAUCUCUUUUGGAAAAUUAAAACUUACAAACAACAAAGGAGCUUCAAACAACAACGGGCAGAUGGUGGUUCUGCAGUCCCUGCACAAGUACCAGCCCCGCCUGCAUGUGGUGGAAGUGAACGAGGACGGCACGGAGGACACCAGCCAGCCCGGCCGCGUGCAGACGUUCACUUUCCCAGAAACGCAGUUCAUCGCGGUCACCGCCUACCAGAACACGGACAUUACACAACUGAAGAUAGACCACAACCCCUUUGCAAAAGGAUUUCGGGAUAAUUAUGACACGAUCUACACGGGCUGCGACAUGGACCGCCUGACCCCCUCGCCCAACGACUCCCCGCGCUCGCAGAUCGUGCCCGGGGCGCGCUACGCCAUGGCCGGCUCCUUCCUGCAGGACCAGUUCGUCAGCAACUACGCCAAGGCCCGCUUCCACCCGGGCGCGGGCGCGGGCCCCGGGCCGGGCACGGACCGCAGCGUGCCGCACACCAACGGGCUGCUGUCGCCCCAGCAGGCCGAGGACCCGGGCGCGCCGUCGCCGCAGCGCUGGUUCGUGACGCCGGCCAACAACCGGCUGGACUUCGCCGCCUCGGCCUACGACAACACGGACUUCGCGGGCAACGCGACCACGCUGCUCUCAUAUUCCAGCUCGGGGAGGGGGUCGCUGCGUCUUAGUCUAGGGGUCCGCACAGCUCUGCCUUUACCUCGUGGAGAAGCGGUUUGUGUAUUUGCCUCCAGAGGAAGGAGAUCCAGGAAAGAGGUGGAAAAUGGCUCAACAUUCUUGCUUAGUCGGGGCCAGUUUCAGGUUACAGGACUACAUUUACCUUCACCUAGAGAUCGUCCUGUCUCACUUCCACUAUUUGUCAUGCAAAGAAGGCUUCAAAGUUCCAGUGGCAAUGAAAAUUAG